AUGGCUGCUUCGAUCGCACGCAAACGAGGUACGCUGAAAGGCAGGAUCACCAGCUUGAAAGGCAUCGUCGCUGACGACAGUGUAGAUCUGGUGAAUGCGAGUAUCCGUUUCGAACGUGUUACCGAAUUAUUCAAAGAAUAUGAAUCGCUCUUUGAGAGUUUGACCGACGAUGAAAUUGCCAACGAAACAGAUCAAGCGAAACUUGUCGAAGAUGAAUAUUAUGAUCUUGCGACGCAAAUAAGAUCACUCAUAACCCCGACUUCAUCAAAUAAUAGAACGUCGUCGAGUUUCGGUAUGCCACUCGGAAGCUCGACCGUAAUUGAACGACAACAACUCGUUAAACUUCCAAUUGCCAACUUGCCACAGUUCGAUGGCAAUCAUGAGACUUGGAUAUCAUUCAAAAACACGUUUUUAUCAAUGAUUGAUGCGCGCACAGACGUCGAUGAUCUAAAUAAAUUUUUAUAUUUGAAAGAUUGCCUGAAAGGCUCAGCAUAUAAUAAACUGGCUUUGUAUGACGCGAGCGCCGACAACUACGCUAAGGCUUGGCAGACUUUAACCGACGAAUAUGAAAAACACCGUGUACUAAUGGCUAAGCAUUAUGACGGCAUUAUCGAUAUGCCCAAACUUGUUACGGCAACAUCUACAGGCUUGAUGAAAAUAAUCGAUGAUGUCCGGCAGCAUAUCAAUAUGCUCGAAGCCCUGAAGGUUAAACUAGAUAGAGGAAUGAUCGUUCGUAUCGUAGAGAAAAAACUUCCUACUGACGUCCGCAUGAAAUGGGAAGAAACGCUCAGUUUCGACGUUUUCCCCGAAUUCGAUCAAUUAUAUAAAUUCAUUAGUGAAUAUGCCUUUCGAAUCGGUGCUUUGAAUCCAGACCCA